AAAUCUUUCGGGAUUCUAUAUACUCCCCUAAAACUACUACAGACCCAGUACUCAUCCGACUCCGUCUUACAGAAUGAAGCUCGUCAGGUUUUUGAUGAAGCUCAAUAACGAGACGGUCACGAUCGAGCUCAAGAACGGGACUGUCAUUCACGGUACCAUCACUUCCGUGGACCCUCAAAUGAACACCCACCUUAAGUCCGUUAAGCUCACUCUCCGUUCUCAACCUUCAUCCCAACCACCUUUGUCCCUCGACUCUAUAGCCAUCCGAGGAAAUAAUAUCCGAUACUUCAUCCUCCCCGACUCUCUUCCUCUUGAUACUUUGUUGGUUGACGACGCGCCUAAGCCUAAGAAGAAGAAGGAAGGAGCUGCUGCUAGGGGAGCUAGAGGAGCAGCUAGGGGAGCAAGGGGAGCCAGGGGCGGUGGCCGAGGCGCGCCUAGAGCUAGAGGAAGAGGUUUCUAGGGUGUUGAAGGGCGAAUGGAAAAGUGAAAGGAGCGUUGUUAUUCAUACAUUCGGCAUUACUAUGCAGGUGACUGCAAGUUUGCUCGUUGUCUGUUGGGUCAGUUUGCAACCGCAAGGUACGCUUAUUGUAUUGUAGGAUCAUCAAGAAUCCAUUCAGAACCAAUUAGAACACGAAACUUCUAUUGCGUCAAACAACGAUUUCAGCUUCUCAUUCAGACUCGUCCCUCCGCGUAUGGAUUAACAACAUCCGAGCUACCGUACAGGCACAAACAUUUCGCGCGAAAACCUAGCUAUGGAUGACAACGGAAUAAAAGAGACCCAUAUUACAACCUAUUGAACCUCUUACUACCUAAGCAUGAGGGAAAUAUGAGCUAUAGGCGUUUAACGCCGGUUGUCCACCGAGGUGGAUAUACAACACGUUCGAUCCUUCCUUAAUGGCACCUUCCUUCACAAGUCGGAUCAUUCCCGCCAUGGACUUGCCUUCGUAUACAGGAACGAAGGCCGAUUCACACUUCAUGGCGGCGAUGGUCUCAUCGUCAGGAAUACCAUAGAUACCAGCGUGGAACCUGUCGUCCAAGAUGACGUCCUCCUCCUUAAUCUCCAAACGCUCAUCCAACAAGGCCGCAGUAUUCCUUGCAAUCUUCAAGACCUGGUUUCUUGUCGCUUCGGGCUUACCACUCGCGUCAAUACCGAUAAUCUUGCGCUUCCUUCCUUCUGCAACGGCACCGACGACGGUACCGGCGUGAGAAGAACCAGUGACGGAGCAGACGAUGACGACGUCGAAGAAGACGCCGAGUUCUUUUUCUUGCUUGGCGAGCUCAACGACCCAGUUUGUGAAACCCAAUCCACCGAGUGGGUGGUCAGAAGCGCCAGCAGGGAUGUAGCUAGUUCCUGUCAAUCCAGUAAUUGUCAUUAGGGGUAGAUAAAGGCGUACUAUGGCUUGCCGCCCUUGGCUUCCACGUCCUUGAAAGCAUCUUCGGUAGCCUUUUUGUGUCUGAUAUCGAAAGUCUCCUGGUUAAGUCUAACGUCGCCGCCCAUUAAUCGGGAGAGAAGGAUGUUGCCUGUCUCAGAGUAAAGAGGGGGGUCGAUGGGGACCCACUUCUCUUGCACUGUGACGGCUAUAGACCAUUAAAAGUUAGUCAAUCAACCGGAUAAUUGUAGUAAGUUUAUAUGAGGCGCACCUUUGAGUCCAGAAGCGACGGCCACAGCGGUCACAGCCCUGGUGUGAUUGGAUUGCACACCACCGACGGAGACGAGAGUGUUACAACCUUUGGCCUUGGCAUCCGCAACGAGAUACUCCAGCUGCCCGAACUUCAUUAGUGUUCGGUCCAAGUACUUUAUACCAGAGAGUGAUUACAUACCUUUCGGACUUUGUUACCACCGUAGGCCAGGCCGGAGUUGCAGUCCUCACGCUUGGCGUAAAGCUUGACCUUCCCACCGAGAACGGCGGUGAGAUUGGGAAGGUAUGAGAUGGGAGAAGGACCGAACUGAACGACUCCUAUCAGCUUCCACCCCUACAACGAUGGAUGGUAUAGGACGAGUUGGACACGUACGAGGAACUUCUCCUUGGGGAUAGACUCGAGCUUUGUUAGGUAAGCGGGCGUAGACAUCUUUCUUAUUGAUGGUGGAUUGCGCUGUAUGGAAAAAAAUUGGGGAUGGGGACCAGGACUUUAUGGAGAACAAUUGGAGGAAAGAGGGAAGAAUCAAACACUGCCCAAGGGCAUGUGCCGUUUAUAUGCGCCGGCUGUUCAGGUGAGGAUAGGAGAAAGCCAACUCAGCGACGAACGAAUGAGACUAUCGGCGGCUUACUCGGCAAGGUCGGAUCGUCAGACCACAGAAAAUAACCGAGAUUUGUAUGGCACUCGGCAACUUACUGGAGGAGAUAACGCCUCUUUCUGGCUCGGUCAGAUGGGGCGCAUGGUUCUUAUGUAUGCCCGCUCCCAUGCAUGUCGGCUUCCAGAUAGAUGCUGGGUGACCUAUGCGAUAUAUUCGGAAAGGCGCUUAAGGCGUAAUGUUGAGUGAGGAGAUGAUGAGUUGCGAUUCGGAAAGCUAUGCGCCAUCUUUCGGUCGGGUUUGUUUUCAUCUUACCUUCGCUUUGGCGUUACGCUCGCUUUGGCGGGCUGGUCCGCCUAUGCAUCGCAGCCGACAAAUUUCUAUAUCGACAGAGUAUUGGAGUUCUUAAUUACCACAAAACUUUUCCAGCCCUCUUAAGCAACUGACUGAGGAGCAUAUCCUUUGUGCAUCCAAUAAUUAUACAUUCCAAAGGGCCAGCCUGGGGAAAACGAUCGCUAUAUCAUUCAGUCGCAUAUCCGGGAUGGAGCUGUCGCCCUUUUGAGGGCCUCCAGGUGGUAGGUUUGGAGCAUCGAGCGAUCAUAGGCAGUGUCGUUAUUAGGGAUGGAAAUGCAGAGGAGUUGGAGGAGCUUUUGGGCAAGCUUCCUUUUGGAGAUUUCAGAACGAAGUGGAAUCGUUUAACCUCCUAACCUCUGUGGCGUCGAGUUCGAAAGCGUCGAGAACCUUCAAAAUACAGUUAACUCUGGGGAGUAGAGGCUGGAGGCAGGAAGCCGAACUCUAUUUUAUAAUAUAGCAUAUACCCGUCACUAC